GCCGGCCUGGGAGCUGCCAAGCCGAGCGCAGCUCAGGGCGGCGGCGGGGCCAGGGACGGCGGCGCGAUGGCUCCGGCAGUGGACCGGGAGGGCUACUGGGGUCCCACGACCUCCACGCUGGACUGGUGCGAGGAGAACUACGCCGUGACCCGGUACAUCGCCGAGUUCUGGAAUACAGUCAGUAACCUGAUUAUGAUCAUACCUCCAAUUUUUGGUGCAAUUCAGAGUAUUAGAGAUGGACUGGAAAAGCGGUAUACUGCAGCUUACUUAGCCCUCACAGUGGUAGGAAUGGGAUCCUGGUGCUUCCACAUGACUCUGAAAUAUGAAAUGCAGCUAUUGGAUGAACUCCCAAUGAUUUACAGCUGUUGCAUAUUUGUGUACUGCAUGUUUGAAUGCUUCAAGACAAAGAACUCAGUAAACUACCAUCUGAUUUUUACAUUAGUUCUAUUCAGUUUAAUAGUAACCACAGUUUAUCUUAAGGUGAAAGAGCCUGUGUUCCAUCAGGUCAUGUAUGGAAUGUUGGUCUUUACAUUAGUACUUCGAUCUGUUUAUAUUGUUACAUGGGUUUAUCCGUGGCUUAGAGGACUAGGUUAUACAUCCUUGGGUGUAUUUUUAUUGGGAUUUUUAUUAUGGAACGUAGAUAACAUCUUUUGUGAUUCAUUGAGGAACUUCCGAAAGAAGAUGCCACCUAUCCUAGGUGUUACCACACAGUUUCACGCAUGGUGGCAUAUUUUAACUGGCCUUGGCUCCUAUCUUCAUAUCCUUUUCAGCUUAUAUACAAGAACACUUUACCUGAGAUACAGGCCAAAAGUGAAAUUUUUCUUUGGAAUCUGGCCAGUGAUCAUGUUUGAGCCUCUCAGGAAGCACUGAUGAUUAUUCUACAAAGAGAGCAAAAAAUACCUACAUACGCCUAGCAGGAUGAUAAGAAAUCCCUAAAAAUCUACAUACUCAAAUACACCAUGACCAUCACAACAGAGGAGUGACUUUCCAACUAAUACUACCAACCAUACAGAGAAUGAGGAAUGGAUCCUGGUUGGUGUUUUGCUCCUGGCUUUAUCUUACUUGUCUUUCUCAUCCUCAUCCUAAGGUCUUUGUAAAGAAACAGAUAUGAUGUGUAUUUAUUUUGUAGAGUGCUAGGGAAAUUGGGCUUUUCUUAACAGGUUAACAAUUUGUGCUGGUCAUAAGAAAUUAACUUUUUUCUCUUUUUUGAUAAGGAUUGCACGUAAAUUAUAUCUUUUCUAAUAUUUUAUUAAAUAAGGAAAACAGUAAGGACUGGCAAAGCCUGAUGUCCAGAUAGUCAGCACCUGUGAGCCAGCAUUUAACUGUGUCAGCCUUGAUUUAUAUUGUUGUCAUGUUAACCUCUUGGAUGGUUUUCCAAGAUUUAAAGAAGAAAAACAAAAAACAAAAACCUAGUCAUGGGAUUCUAGGCAGUUUUUCCACUGUCUAUCUCAGCGCUAGACCCAGUAUCAUAAACAAGUGCAGAGCUACUACUAGGUUCUAGACUUGUCACUUCCCAGGAUUUGCUGUGAGCUCUUGGUGUAAGACCAGAUGGAACAAAUAAGAACAAGGGAUCUAGUAUUGUUCCUGAAGCUCCACCAGGGCAUCUAGAAAAUGCUACACCUUCAGCCAAUGAAAGGUAGCCGCUCUGUCUCCUUUGGCAGAUCUUUAAAUUGCCACUGUUUUUAUGUUAAGGCAAACAUAAUUGGUGAUCUAGCCUAUUUAUAUUCUACCCUUCUAGCCUAAUUUAUUUGAAGUUAUCAAGGAAUGUCAUAAAACUAAGACUUUUUACAUUAUGCAGUGUUUUCCAGUUUUGAGAGAAGCCAUGGUUAUGCCCAGGGAAGUAUGUCAAAUUAACUGAAGUAAAAUGGUGAGGAUCCGCAUUACAUAAAGUUUAUUAAAAUAUCUGCUCAUCAUUUUUAAUUUUUAUGUUUUUAUUUUCUUUGUAGUGCUGGGGGAGUCAAACCUAGGGCUUUGCACAUGUAACUGUGCUAUCGAUCUAUACCCCCAUCUUCAGCGUCAUUUUUUAAGGGAAAUAGAUAAAAAUUGAGAACAGCUGUAACUUACAACUUGCAAAACAGCCAAAAAUUAGAGUGCUAAGAAAUAGCAGUAAAAUCUAAUUGUAAAGCAGCUAGUUCCAAUUUGAGUGUAUAACAGUGUGAAUUAUUUUUCACAAAAAAAAAGGAGCUGAGGGGCUGGGGAUUUAGCUCAGCGGCAAAGCGCCUGCCUGGCAAGUGCAAGGUCGUGAGUUCGGUUCCCGGUACCGGAGAAAAACCAAAAAAAAAAAAAAAAAAGGAGCUGAUUAAGUCCCUGUUCUAGGAGAAGGUUUGUAAGUUGGAUUUCUUCGUAAGUCAGACAAAGUAAGCCUUAUACACCUUUGACACAAACAUACAAUAUAAAACAUAAAAAGACCAAAAGCACACAGAAAAAUACAGUAAGUCCUCAACUGUUCUCUACUACUGUAUACUACUACACUGUACAGUAAGCACAUAGCAGCUCAACUGUGACAGUGUCCAGCAGACUUAUGAGCUACUUCCAUGGUUUGUUACCUGGGUGAGGUGGUGCAUACCUGUAAUCCCAGCUACUUGGAAGGCUGAGGCAAGAGGUUUAUGAGUUCAAGGCCAGCCUGGACAACUUAGUAAGAUGCUCAAAAAAUAGAAAGGAAUUCUGGAGUGUAUCUCAGUACUUGCCUACUGAGUACUUGCCUAGCAUACACAGGGUCCUGGUUUGAUCCCCAGUACACAAAAACAAACCUAUUUUGGUCCAAGAUCCUGACUUCCAACUAUGUUCACUUGUAAUACUUUGGAUUAUUACUUUUUAGUUAGUUCAUUUGUUUUACACCAUUAUAUUUUUGUAAGGUUGAAAUAUUCUUCUGUAUAAAGAUCCCUAAGUAGGAACAUUAAGCCACAUCCUUCAUGACAAUAUGGAUUUGUAAGACAGAAUUUCUGCAGUGUUAAAGUCAGACUAAGUAUGGAAUUUGCCCUGAGACUGACACCAUUUAGAGCAGUUUGUUUAAUGUCAAUUCAAAUACCACCACCCAGAGUCAAUUGUUUAAUAAAAUAGUCCUGAGGUAUUUGCAUCCGUGAGUGAUAUGUAAGACUGCAGCCAAUUCCUUAAAGAUCUUUAUUUCUUCUGGGAGGACAGAUAGCGUGAAAGCUCAGGGUAAAACAUUUUAGAUGUUUUGAGCAGAAAACAGAGAUGAAACCAUAGUUUGAUUUUCCAAGUUAGUUUGUGCCUCAUACAGUAGCUCUGUUACUAAAACUGAAGUGAUACACUCAAGACUGUGUUAUGUGGGAUUCACUUUCACAUUCAUGGCUUUGAUUUCCCUUCUUGGAUUAUACAUAGACAUAACAAGGUUAAAUGCCCACCCUUCUGUUUGCUUAGAAUGCUUCCUGUUAACUAAAAUGUACAGAAACCUGUUUUCUACUGAGCAAAUAAUGGUUUGUUUGCAUCUCACCAGAUGUAAGAGAUGACCAUCUAUAAACCCAGAACAAAUUACAUUUUAGAAAACAUUAAUACUUUGUGAAGAUAUAAAAGAGGCCAUUUGCUUGCACACUUGAAUAUUCUGUAUUACCAUUUUCACUCUAGAAAACUGAAACCAAUUUGACUUUUUUUAAAAGGGAAAAUUAGGUGAAAGAUGUUUGUGUUAAUCUUAUUGAUCACUGUGCCUACUCACUCCCAAAUUUGGCACCUUCAUAAAAUAUCCUCACCCCCUGAUGAUUGAUAAUUACCAGAAAGAUCAUUUGUUUUUUCAUAAUCUGUAAAUAGGAACCCAAAGAGUGGCAUUUGGUUUAAUAGAAGUAGUUCAUAUAUAAUGAUUUAGCCAUAAUGGAGAAUUCCAGGACCAUCUAGGCUUUCCUUAUACAAAGAGAGUUCUUACACUAAAGAGAGAAAUGAGUCAAAGAAACUUCAAUACACAGUGCAUGGAAAUUUCAAGAGCCUGUAAAAAUUACAAUCUAUUACAUACUAUUAUGCCAGCUCCUUCUGAACUUAGCUAAUGCUCCCAAGUGUGUGCAGUAAUUUACAAGGCUUUCUUAUGAGUCCUGUGGGUUCCAUAUUACUUUGCUUUUGAAAGCAAUUAUUUGUUACAAAUUUAAUCUCCCAACUCUACAUUUAAGUGACAGAACUCUUUCGUGGUUUGUGAGGUACUACUGGAUAAGCAUUUGUAUAAUACUGAUAUUUCCAAGAAAAUCAGUUAUAAUCAGAAUUGGCAUCUGUGUGGCAGAUCUACCUCUGUCUUAACAUUUUGCUUAAUUUUUACAGUGAUGUAACUAGCUUGACCACUUUGCCUUUUUUUCAUUGUCUAAAAUGACAGCUUAUUCACUGAGCCCUAACCAUUUGCAAAUAACAAAAAUUUAGUUAAAUAUACUUAAAACCCUUCAUGGCAGGAAGCAUAAAAUGAAAAAAAAAAAAAAAGGAAUUACGUCAUCGUGAUCCAUCAGACUGGAAAAUUUCAAUGCUGUAUUUGUUUUUAUUGUUUUAUUUUUGAGACAGGAUCUUCUUAGAUAGUUCAGGCUGGACUUGAACUCCAGAUCCUCCACCUCAGCUUCCAAAGUGCUAGAAUUAUAGAUAUGAACCCCAUGCCUAGGUUCAGUGCUGACUUAUUGGGGGUUGGGGGUUGGGGGUUGAGGGGGUCAGUGGUGGGGAUGAACCCAGGGCCUUCUCACUGAGCUGCAGCCUCAGCCUUUUUUAGUUUUUGACACGGUCGCAUUAAGUUGCCCAAGCUAGUCUUGAACUUGCAAUCUUCUUCUCAGCCUCCCAAGUGAAAAUGGUGUUUAAAACUUGUUGCACAUUGUUUUAGAACAAAGAAACAGAGAGACAGACAGAGAGAGAGAGAGAGAGAGAGAGAGACCUUGUCUGUUGGCAGUGGGGGAGUUGCUGGUGUUCCUGAGGUCUGCAUGAGCAUGCCACCAGAUAACUAUUUCUCCAAAACUGCCAGCCCAUUCAACUUCAUAUAAUGAUACUAUUCACUUGAAAUUCACACUAAAGAUAAAAUUCUGGCUUUGGACUGUAUUCUUUUGUCCUGGGCAUUAAACUUUGACAACAUUGAAGGAAAAGUAGAAACUGUGAGGGAUAACAAGUUUCAUCAAGGCAUGUCCUUCCUCUGCGAGGCUAUCGGAGCAGCUAAGGCGGAAGCACCCUGGAAAAGUAUCGUUAGCUGCAGAAUUUCUGCUGUUGUUGAUGCCCAUUCAGCCAUUUGGAGUAAAAGCUAAAGCAGUAUUGACUCAUUUUAAUGCACUGUAAUCAUGUAAUACUGUUUCUUAAGUCUUCAUUUAUCCUUAAAUACAGCAGAUCACAGCCUGGUUAGACUGGCAGCUAGUAACGAUUGAUCAUCAAAUGAUCAUAUUAUUGAUGACCGUAUUUUUUAACACUAGAAAAUCCUAAGACCCAAAUCAAAAAAUUAAAAUACAGGUCUGCAAAGUGACCUAAAAUUCUGCACCCCCGCCCCAGUUCUCUUCACCUCGGCAGCCAUCAGUAUGAUAGCAACAACCACAUGUCAUACUCUGUGCUCUGCUCAUUGUGACCUGCCUCAGUGCUUUGAAGUGUUGAUACUGGAACUAGAUUUAGUCAUUAGUAACUUGAAUAUUCACAGAAUUGCAUACAGCUUCCAAAACUUUGCUGGCAAUGUCAGAUCUAAUGUUGCAGCAAAACACAUUAGAGAAAUCUUUUAAACAUAUGAAUACAGUUCUCUGUAAAUAUUCAUUCUGAGAUCAUCUGUGCCCAUGAGAAAAUGUAUUAUAAUGUCAAAGGCCUCUAGACCAAGGGUUGGCAAACUAUAGCUCAAAUACCAAAUCCAGUCUACAGUUGUGUAGUCUGCAAAGUAAGAAUGGUACUUACAUUUUGAAAGUAUUGUGUAAACAAACAGAAAGAAAAAUAUGAGCUAGAAACUGCAUAUUCUCACGCUCUGGCUCUUAAAAAUUUGCAUCCCCUGCUCUAGACCAUCAGCAAAUAAACAUAGUAUGAGUGUGGAAGUAUAGUAAUGCCCAUCCACAUUUCUCUGCAAGAUAAUUCUAGUGUACAUUUGUCAGAAUGAAAAUAUUUCAUAAGACAUCCCUCAGUUCUUUGUUCAGUGUAAUCAUAGGACUAUAAUAUUCAUGCUAUAAAAUUAUUUUUCACAUCAUUUCUACUAGACUGGCAACAGCCUACUCCAAAGUGCCUAAACCUCUAAGGAAAAAUUACUGUGAGGAAGUUCUAUGAUAUUGUCUUCAUUUUAAAAGGAAUUCUGUUUUAUACUGUGAAAUCCAAAAUGCUAGUUGCAUUCAUCUUUUGCUUCGGCUAUUUUUUUUUUCAUGUCAUAAAAUUGCUGUGUGGGAGUUGUCAAGGCUAAAUACACUAUUGUGGUCAUGAAUAAAAGGAAAAGUUUUGUGUCCUUCA